UUAGUAAUAUUUGCCGCCGCGUGCACUGUAAAUGGUUUGGAUUUCUUGCGUUAAACGCAAACGUAUUGUGAAUCAUUGUAAUUAUUGUGUCUUGUGCUCUUGGGAUCACCUCCAGACAUCAGUGUCAUCAUUAUCAUUCAUUCAUAAACAUGAAAGUGACGGUGGAUUUUGAAGAAUGUCUCAAAGACUCGCCGCGGUUCCGGGCCACAAUAGAGGAGGUAGAGGGAGAUGUUGGUGAACUGGAGUCAAAACUUGACAAGCUGGUGAAGUUGUGUAUAGGGAUGAUAGAUGCUGGACGAGUAUAUAAUCAGGCCAACAAGCAGUUUGUGAAUGGAAUCAGAGAACUGGCCCUGCAGUCUACCAGAGACGUGGUCAUCGGGUCCAGUUUAGCAGUGUUCGCUGAGACUCUGCUGGAAAUGAACAACUAUCAUACAAUAUUGUUUGAUCAAGCCCAGAGAUCCAUCAAGUCUCAACUUCAGACUUUUGUGAAGGAAGACUUGAAGAAGUUUAAAGAUGCUAAGAAGCAUUUUGAUAAGGUGAGUGAAGAAAAGGAGGUGGCACUGGUGAAGAACGCUCAGGUUCCUCGUAACAAACAGCACGAGGUGGAAGAGGCCACCAACAUCCUGACCACCACACGCAAGUGCUUCCGCCACAUCGCCCUGGACUACGUGCUACAGAUAAAUGUCCUGCAGUCCAAAAGAAGAUUGGAAAUCCUCAAAUCGAUGCUGUCCUAUAUGAACUCCAACCUCACAUUUUUCCAUCAAGGAUAUGAUUUGUUCAGCCAAAUUCAGCCACUAAUGAAGCAGCUGGGCGGUCAGUUGGAUCAGCUGGUGGUGGAUUCAGCAAAGGAAAAGAGAGACAUGGAGCAGAAGCAUUCAACUAUCCAACAGAAGGCUGCUUUGCAGGAUUUCUCCACUGAUGACACCAAACUAGAAUAUAAUGUGGACACAGAUAAUGGAAUUGCAAUGGAGGGAUAUCUCUUUAAAAGAGCAAGCAAUGCCUUCAAAUCCUGGAACAGGCGCUGGUUCUCCAUUCAAAACAGUCAGUUGGUUUAUCAGAAGAGAUUUAGGGAUAACCCAACUGUAGUGGUGGAAGAUCUGAGACUCUGCACUGUGAAACACUGUGAGGACGUGGAGAGGCGUUUCUGUUUUGAAGUGGUGUCUCCCUCCAAGAGUUGUAUGAUGCAAGCGGACUCAGAGAAACUGCGGCUGGCGUGGAUCAAAGCCGUACAGAACAGCAUCGCCACAGCGUACAGAGAGAAUGGAGAGGAACACACUGUUAGUCUGGACAGGCAGUCAUCAGUAUCUCUAGGCAGCCUGGACUCUGGCUGUGAGUCAGUGAAGCCGGUUAAAAUUGAGAGUGCUCUCCAGAGGGUGCAGGCCAUCCCUGGCAAUGAGUUCUGCUGUGACUGCGGCCAGAGCGAUCCCCGCUGGUCUAGCAUCAACCUCGGCAUUACACUCUGUAUCGAGUGCUCAGGCAUUCACAGGAGUUUAGGAGUUCACAACUCAAAGGUGCGAUCUCUCACACUCGACUCAUGGGAGCCAGAGUUGCUUAAGUUGAUGUGCGAGCUAGGCAACAGUGUCAUUAAUCAGAUCUAUGAGGCUCGUAGAGAAGAGUUUGGCGGCAAGAAACCUCAGCCUGGAGAUCCCAGACAGAAAAUUGAGGCCUUCAUCCGAGCAAAGUAUGUUGAGAAGAAGUUUGUCCUGAAACCCACAGCUCAAAAGCAAAAAGAAAAGAUUAUGGAGUUGAGGAAACAUGACAAACGCAUGAAGGGGAACAUGGAGUUUCUUCCCCCGCGUCCUCCACCUCCUACACCCAAACUGCGCACUACCUCUAAUACCUCUGCUCACCUCGGUGGUCAAGAAGUGCGCCGUGAUUCACUGUUCUGCCCUGACGAGCUUGAUUCUCUCUUCUCUUACUUUGACACAUCCUCAAAGCUACGAAGCUUGAGGAGUGCAGACAGUGGUAUUCAGAACAGUGCAGAUGGGAGCAGAGAGAUGUUGGCCUCCACUGCCUCUAACAGUAGCCUGAGUGAACCAGAGCUCCAAGAGUCAGAGUCGCCCAUGUCAGUGAAUCAGACGGACUGUCCUCCUGUAAUCUCUGAGCUGACAGAUUUCUCUGCUGGCCCUCUGCUGUACUGGGCAUCCUGUGCCUGCAGUCUGACAGACAUGGUGGAGGCACUGGCUCACGGAGCCGACAUCAACUGGGUCAACGGUGAAGAUAACAAUCGGACUCCACUCAUACAAGCUGUACAGGGGGGAUCACUGAUCACCUGCGAGUUCCUGCUUCAAAACGCUGCUAAUGUGGACCAGCAGGAUAUUCGUGGCAGAGGACCUCUGAUUCACGCCACCAUACAGGGUCACACAGGUCAAGUAUGUCUGUUCCUGAAGCGAGGGGCCAAGCAGAACACUGUGGACAUUGAUGGCAGAAGUGCACUGUCCAUCGCCGUAGAGGCCGCCAACGCCGACAUCGUCACCCUGUUGCGUUUGGCUAAGAUGAAUGAAGAGAUGAAGGAGUCUGAGGGAGCAUCAGGUCCACACUCUCUGUCUAAGUGUCACACAGAGCAGCAGUAUAAAAAAUGCAUUCAAGAAUUUAUAACUUUACAACUACAGGAUUCCUAAACUUCAACACACCACCAGCGCACAAUAGUGUAAUUCUUCCACCGACAGAUCACGUUCAGGUAUAACUGUAUUUUCACUGGACACCACAACUAUUGUAGAUUUGACAAACAUCAUCCUUUACUUGUGUGUUUACAGCAUCUAAGCCAUAUCAAUGGUUUCUGAAGUCCAAGUGUGUGACAUCAUUCUCCAGCUAACAGCACAAAUACUUUUUUCUUAUUAAAAAUAUGCAUAUAUUGAUGGUUUAUAUGUAUGCAUCCUCAUUUUUUAGCCAUAUCACGUAUAAGGUUUUUUAAAAUUCCUC